AUUCAACGUGCUUUUCCCACCCAAUUACGAAAUCGUCCUAAAUGCGAAUCCAACGCCUCUCCACAACCCUCCGCACACUAACCUCAUCAAUCAACCACCAUCCCACACCCCUCACCAAACCUGCAUCUCGACCACAGCUACUACCCCUCCAAUCCACCUCCUUCAGCACCACCACCAUAUCCAAAAUGUCCUACCCAGACCAACGCACCACCGACGAAUGGCGCGCCAUCCUAAGUCCAGAACAAUUCCGCAUCCUCCGCGAGAAAGGCACUGAACGCCCCGGAACUGGCGAAUACGACUCCCACUACCCAUCCCAAGGCAUCUAUAGCUGCGCAGGCUGCAACGCUCCGCUCUACAAGGCCUCCCACAAGUUCAAGUCCGGGUGCGGCUGGCCCGCGUAUUUUGAUUCGAUCCCGGGUGCGGUGACGAGGCAUACGGAUCGGAGCUUGGGGAUGGAGAGGACGGAGAUUGUCUGUAGUAAAUGUGGGGGGCAUUUGGGGCAUGUUUUUAAGGGGGAGGGGUAUGCGACACCGACGGAUGAGAGGCAUUGUGUUAAUAGUGUUAGUUUGAGGUUUAAGGAGGGGGAGGACGGGGAGGGGGCUAAGGCGAAGGCGUGAGUGAGUGUUGGGUUCUGGGGUUAAGGUUGGAUAUUUGUUGGUAAGAUGCUGGUGUUCUGUGUUCAUGGGACUUAGGGCGUAGGAGUGUGUUGCUGUUGACAGGGCAUAUUCUUAGUGGGUUGGGUUGUCUUUUGGUGAGAUGGGGUAGUGUAGAUGUUAAGUUCGAGGUGAUUGUCCCUUUGCGAGGAGGGGAUGGAUGCCUUCUCUGUAAGUUGGGUGUAUAUUAUGAUCCUGGGUGAUGGGUGGUUAGAUACUGCCAGAUAUUCUACAAAUACAUGAAAAAGCUUGGACAAC